UCCCCCCACCUGGAUGCUGAGUGCUCCUCUCCGCCACCUGGCUGUGGCCCGGCCCGCUGCUGCCCCCGCCGCCGCGAACCUGCCGCCGGCAGCAUGCGCACUGCCCCCGGGAUCCCUAAAUGGGACAAUUCUGCCCGUGACGUCAGCGCCCAGCCGUCUCCACAGAAACUUUUGUCCCGUUGACCAAUCAGCGAGCUGGGAGAGGGCCGGGGAGGUGGGGUGGGAGGAGAGGGGAGUGAGAGGGGUGGGGUGAGGAGAGAGGCGAGAGGGUGAGUGUGGAGCUGCUCGCGCUCUGCCCGGGCUGUCAGUCCCGGCGCCCGCGCCGCCAGACCUUCCCGGGGACGCGCGCGCCCCGCACCCCUCUCCCCGCGCCCCGCUCCCACACGCACGCACUCAGGGUGGCCGAGCAGGAGCUGCUGACCGUUUUUGCGAGGGCCGGACCGGCUGCGGUGCAGUGGGUACAAGCACAGCGUCCCCAUUCGGGGCUUUCGUUUUGGACCAGACGACCGGGGGCGAAGGUGGGCACCGGCCAGGCCGCCCGCUUGGCGGAGCCGCCUCCCGGGACGAGCGCGGGCCUCCGCCGAGAGUGGAAGAAAGAGGAGCGGCCGCGAUCGCCGGGCGCGGAGGAUGGGAACUGCCCUCUUCCCGUAGCAGACGGUGGGGAUCCUGGAUGGAGGCGCCGCCGACUGCCUUUGCCGGAGAAAACCGUCCCCGGGAACUCCUCUGUGGCCACUCGGAGCGGUGCAGGGGUGUCCAUGACGUGGCAGAGGGAAAACAGACGCCCGACACCUCCCGUGUGAGCUGCAAACUGUAGCCAAGCAGGGGAAAAUGGUUUCUCGAUAUCUUUCCAUCUCGUGCCACGGGUGUUAAGCAUCUGUGUCAGAAACGUCCUUCGAUGGAUGCCCGUGCCCAGCUCGGCAGGAGCCAGAGGCGUCCUGUCUGAGGACCCGGCGCCCUCGGGGGGCCCUGCCUCCACCCAGCGGCCUGCCUGCGUCCUCCCGCAGCCCCCAUAGCGAGACCUGCUAGGGGCGCCCCUCUCCCUGCCUCCUGUGGGAGUAGGGCCCCAGCUCCGUGAACGCUUUGGCUCAUCCUGGGACCUAACUCCUGGAACCUACCUGGGGGGCAGGCAUUUAGCCUAAAUGCCUCUGAAGAAAAGGUCUUUUAAGCCGUUUCAAAAAUACCUUUUAGAAAUGUCCUGUGUAGCAGGAUUUGAUAGGCUGAACAACAUGACAGGUAAGAACUUUCUCUCCCUCUAGUCUAGUCUCUCAACGCCCCACGCAGGGGAGGCCGAGGCCGAGGCGGACAGGACCCUGGAGAAAGGGAAGCCGGGGCCGGGGUCUCCGAGCUCCGAGGCGCUAGGCCGGGCGGCCGUUCUCCGGGGAGGCGCAGCCCUCGCUCCGGUCCGCGGGGCCCACGGCCGGGAAGCGUCAGGGGCGCACGCGGGAGGCGGCGCCGCGCUCACCUGCCCGCCCAGGACACAGCCCGGGGCGAGGCGAGGAGGACCCACCUGAAGUAAACAUCGGGAUUUGUCAUCAACCAAGGAAUGAGAUUUUAAUUAUUCAAAACCCAGCUCCUCUGGCUCCGCGCGGGUGGGAUGGUCCUGGUCACACAAUUUUAGAUCCAUCGCGGAGGAGGAGGCGGCGCCCGCGCAUCGCGGCGACUGCGAACGGACCGGAGACUUGGCCGCACCGGGCAUUGACUGCGGGUGCCCGACCGGACCCUCCUCCCUUCCCCAGCCCUCCCCCCACCCGCGACGGGCUCCGGCGGCGGCCCGGACCGCGGGCCCCUGCAUCGUGGCGGGGGCCGCCUUCAUGAGCCCGGGGUGAACAGGUGCGAAGCGCGCGGGGAGCAUGGAGAGCGAGCGCGACAUGUACCGCCAGUUCCAGGACUGGUGCCUCCGGACUUACGGGGACUCGGGCAAGACCAAGACGGUGACCCGUAAGAAAUACGAGCGGAUCGUGCAGCUCCUCCACGGCUCCGAGUCCAGCUCCACGGACAACGCGAAAUUUAAAUUCUGGGUGAAGUCCAAGGGCUUCCAGCUGGGCCAGCCCGAGGAGGCGCGCGCUGGCGGCGCCAAGCCAGUGCUCUACGUGCCGGUCAAGACCACGGAUGGCGUAGGGGUGGACGAGAAGCUGUCCCUGCGGCGGGUGGCCGUGGUCGAAGAUUUCUUCGACAUCAUCUACUCCAUGCACGUGGAGACAGGGCCAAAUGGAGAACAAAUUCGGAAGCACGCUGGGCAGAAGAGAACUUACAAAGCGAUUUCAGAGAGCUAUGCCUUCCUACCCAGAGAGGCGGUGACGCGGUUCCUCAUGAGCUGCUCCGAGUGCCAGAAAAGAAUGCACUUAAACCCCGACGGAAGCGAUCACAAAGAUCAUGGGAAGCCUCCCUCUUUGGUGACCAGCAUGAUUGACUACAACAUGCCCAUCACCAUGGCCUACAUGAAGCACAUGAAACUGCAGCUGCUCAGCUCCCAGCAAGACGAGGAUGAGAGCUCAAUAGAAAGUGACGAAUUUGAUAUGAGCGAUUCCACGCGGAUGUCGGCUGUGAACUCUGAUCUCAGCUCCAAUCUUGAGGAAAGAGUGCAGAGUCCCCAGGCUCUUCAAGGCCAGCAAGACGAUGAUUCCGCUGCAGAGAGCUUUAAUGGCAAUGAGACUGUGGGGCAAAGUUCAACUGCUUCAGGGGGAACACACAGCAGGGAGAUGGGCGACUCCAAUGAGGAUGGCAAAACUGGGCUGGAGCAGGACCAGCAGCCACUGAACCUGAGCGACAGCCCCCUCUCAGCACAGCUCACUUCGGAAUACAGACUAGACGACCCCAGCAGUGAUGGGAAAAACAAGUACAAGCCUCUGCUAAUUUCUGACCUCAAGAUGGAACGGGAGGCGAGAGAAAAUGGAAGCAAGUCCCCUGCACACAGCUACUCCAGCUACGACUCCAGCAAACACGAGGGCGGAGAGCGAGGGGCCGAGGACCUGUCCCUGCACAGGGGGGACGAGGAUGAUGAGGACCACGAGGACCACGACGACGCCGAGAAGGUGGCCGAGACGGACGGCGUGGAGGCCGAGCGGCUGAAGGCUUUCAACAUGUUUGUCAGGCUGUUUGUAGAUGAAAACUUGGACCGAAUGGUCCCAAUCUCUAAGCAGCCCAAAGAAAAGAUCCAGGCUAUCAUUGACUCAUGCAGGCGACAAUUCCCUGAGUACCAAGAGCGUGCCAGAAAGCGCAUCCGUACUUACCUCAAGUCCUGCAGGCGGAUGAAAAGAAGUGGUUUUGAGAUGUCGCGACCUAUCCCUUCCCACCUUACCUCAGCAGUUGCAGAGAGCAUCCUGGCCUCGGCCUGUGAGAGCGAGAGCAGAAAUGCUGCCAAGAGGAUGCGCCUGGAGAAGCAGCAGGACAAGUCCGCGCCAGCCGACAAGCAGAGCAAACCGGAGGCGGCCCCGGCCACGCACGCGGCCUCCGCGGUGUCAGGCUCCCAGGAGGUGCUGUACAUCAACGGCAACGGGACCUACAGUUACCAUAGUUACCGAGGCCUCGGAGGGGGGCUGCUGAGCCUGAGUGACGCCUCCAGUAGCGGGCCCACGGAUCUCAGCAUGAAGAGGCAGCUGGCGCCCAGCUCGGGGUCCUCCAGCAGCUCCAGCUCCAGGCCCCAGCUGAGUCCCACCGAGAUCAACGCCGUGAGGCAGCUGGUGGCCGGGUACCGAGAAUCGGCUGCGUUUUUACUGCGUUCCGCGGAUGAACUGGAAAAUCUCAUUUUACAGCAGAACUGACUCAGAAGGCGAUCCUCGUCACCGAGGUCUCCGUUUGCACUGACGACAUUCUGACUUCCCAGCAGAGAGGGCCCGCCUGCACAGUCUGAAGGGAAACACUUCCGUUCUGCCAUGUUGCCCUGGGUCCAUAGUGUGAUGCAUUCAGGUGCUUCACAGGAACUCUGGCCUCUGAAGUACUUGAGAUGCUGUGUGUCCGGCCUGCUGCUUUUUGUUUUCGUGUCAGCAUAACUGUCUGGGCCCAAAAAAAAAAAAAAAAAAAAAAAAAAAGGCUGUAGACUCCUACUUCAAGGAUAAAAUGGAAGAGGCUUGUGGUAUAAAGAAUAGCUCCAGAUCCAACUGAGAUAUUAGUGGGAUUUGCUACUGACUCAUUGGACUGAAAGCUGCAGGAUCUGGCAAAAAAGAAAACAAAGCCAAAAUUUCUUGUUCCAGGUUAUAACAAUGAAAAGGAUCUUGUAUUUUAAAAAAAUAUAUAUAUAUGUAAUUUUUAUAAAAAGGAAACUUGUUUUUCAUUCAAAAUGGUCAUUUUCACUUUGUUAACUUUUUCAUAGGUCCUAAAAGAAAACUGUUUUGAGAAACUACUGUAAGUACCUUUUCCACAUCCCUUUGCCUUCCCCUCUUUCCCAAUUCUUUCUACAAAAAUAACACUUGAUGCUGGAAAAAAACACACACACCCUGGCUUAUGUCCUUUACAUCGUCAUAUCAGGAAGUUCUUCCAGGAGAAGCCUGCACUCACGCUGACCCCAAGCAGCACUGCAGCCUUGCCGUAGAGGCUUUCAUCACCGUUUAAUAUUUCAAAAGACAUAUCGUUGCGGGGGGCGGGGGGCGGGUCACACCUUGGUUUCCUGCAGCUCACCCCCGCAUAGCCGCUGCUCUGUCUGACGGGCAUCCCUCCAGCAGCACCCGGAUGUAGAUGUCAAUGUUAGGAGGUUGCAAGUGACAAUCUGAAAAUUUGCACUCGUGUGUAGUUUAAUUUUCAUUUCUCCAUUUCAGACAUCGUUUCCAAAAGGACCACUGCCUCUCCUGAUAUGACAUGUAUGAUUUACAGUCCUGGGUCAACAUGAUGUAAGGGACGCUCGGUGGCUGCAGCGGCAACUUAAAUGACUGGCCCCUCCUCGGCCCUUCUUUCUGAUUCUGUCGCGCUGGGUACACGUGAAGGGAGUUUUCUUUGUGCACUGAGGCGAGCCUGUUUUUAAGCGAUGUAGGGAGUACAUCAGUUAAUGCUUCCCGUACAGUUCUUCUGUUGUUUAGCUUUGGUUGGAUUAAAAGUUCUUUGCGCAUUCCUGAACUUUGCCUUAUUUUAUGUAAAAUUUAUGUCCUUCAGUUUUUGAUACGUUUAGGCAUCAGUGAAAUUUCUUACCUACUUGUUAUAGUUUUUCAAGUAAUGACUGUGAUUGUGACCAAGUAAUGUGCACUUUUUCUUGUAACUGUGGACAUUGCUAUGCUUUUUUCUUCUAGUGUUUCUAGAACGACUGUUCCUUACAAGUUAUGUAAACAAAAAACAAAAACAAAAAAUUUUGUGAUACUGUUGGUGAACAUAAUGUGAAAAAUCUUAUUGAAAUACGAGUAUUUUGGAAAUACAUAGAUGCACAAACAUCUUUUAAGAUGUGGAUUUAGAGUUUGCUUAUUUAAAUGAAAAUUCAAAAAUUGAGGGCUGGUAUAAUUUUGUUUUGUUGGGUUUAAUAAACAGA